CUCAAAUAUUGGCUAAACCGACCUUCUUGUCCUCCUGUGUUUAGGGAGGUGAAGUCUCUAUUUGACAGAUUUGUGUCUCCCUUAGUUGAUGCUAACUCUAUUCUUGCGCCCAAAGAUCACCAUGCACCACAACAAGUUCUUCCAGACGACCUUCAGCAACUGACUCAAGUUCGGCGGGCAGUCUUACAUGCUCACUCACUCCACGAGGGAACCAUCUACACCCAUGAUUCCACCCAUGUGGGCAACAGCCUGAUCCUCUAUCAUCCCGACGGCAUCAGGAACGUGCAACCAACACCAGGGAUCAUCAAGUACAUUUUUGAGAUGGAGCAAGUAGUGGGCUUUGGCGUACGGUGUUACCUCCCUUUAUACUCUCACCCCAACCCUUUCCGCCACUACCCUCACUUACCAGCUCGUUUAUAUUCCUCAGCGCUCGCUGACCAUCUUGAAACUGUCAAGCCCAAGUGGGUAGUAUCCCAUUUCGCAUGUUGGAACUUUUCUCCACAGCACAUUGUUGUGUCUUUG